AUGGCGGACGUGCUCAGGAGCCUGAACCUGCUGGAGGUGCUGAAGGAGUCGAUGGAGAAGAAGGGCCUGUCGGAGGUGAAGGAUGCAGUGGAGGACCUCCUCAUCAGCAGGGUGAAUAUUGGCGUGGUGGGGGAGAGGGGCCCGGAGAAAACCGGCCUGAUCAACUCCCUCCGCGCUUUGGGGCCCGAGGACAGUGGGGCGGCCCCGUUCCCCUCCCCCACCCCCCCAGAUGAGCUGACAGUUUACCCCAGUCCCAAACACCCCGAUUUCCGGCUGUGGGAUGUGCCGGGGGUCCCUGAAGGCUCGCCUUUUGACCCUGAGGAGUACAUGGAGAGAGUCAAGUUCCUGCGCUACAGUGCUGUCAUCAUGACAUCCUCCCGGGUGCCGUUUCACAGCAACAGCGCCCUCGUGUGGCGGGAGGCCAGAUCGCUCCAGAGGGAGGCUGUGUACUUUGCCUUGCUGGCCUCUGAGCGCGACUCGCGGGAGUCCAUGGAGGCCUGGCGGAAGGCCAGCCAGGAGGCACUGGGGACGGAAGGGCUGGCUUCCCCAAGGGUCUUCCUGGUCCGUAGCUCAGCCUUAGAGGAGCUGGACUUCCCCGAACUCCUGGAGGAAGUGUGGCGGGACAUCCCGGAAGUGAAGGCGGCCGCCCUCCUCCUGGCGCUUCCGGCCUUGUCCGUCGCCGUGGUGACCAGGAAGCGGGACGCCCUCAAGGCGCUGGUGUGGGCGGCGGCCUCGCUCUCGGGCGGUGCGUCGGCCAUCCCCGUCCCUCUGGUGUCCUCGGCGGUGGACGCCAGCGUGGCGGUGAGGAUCCUGGGCAAGGCCCGCCACUCGCUGGGCCUGGACGACCAGUCGCUGGAGGGGCUGGCCCGUCGACGGGGGCGGGACGGGGGCAGGCUCAAGGCCCUGCGGUCCUGCCCCCUCUCCCAGGAGGUCACCAGGGACGGGGUGAGGAAACUGCUGGCGGCCGCCGAGAAGCAGAAGCCCACCGGCGCCCGGGUGGUGGAGAUGGCCCUGCCCAUGACCGCCAAGUACGCCAGCCGCUCCUUCACCGCCAUGUUCCUGGCGCUCAACGGCGCCAUCGACGACAUGGCCGCCGAUGCGGAGAAGGUGGUGGCGGCUGCAAUCGGGGGGGGAGAGUGA